CGCGCAGUGUGUGCUCUCCGGGCGGAGCCUCCUCCCGUCCCAGCCCCGCCGCCGCCGGGCCUGGUCGUGCCGCCGCUCGCAGACGCUCGGGGCCCCGCCGGCGGAGGGGGUGGGUCACGGGGUCCCCGCGGGUCCCCGCCCCGGGACCUGCCGGACGGGGACUUGCCCGGUUUUUCUCUUUCCCUUUGCGGUGUGUGCUGCGCCCCGGGCCGAGCUGCUGCCCCCCGACGGAGGCCCCGGGGGCGAGACGCUUUCCAAACGCGCCGGCCCGAAAGCUCGCCUCGUCUACGCGCCCCGGGGUCCCGCGGAGGCACCGCACCUGCGCUGUGGGCGGAACCGCGUCCGCUGACGCCCCGCCCCGGGCCCUCCCCAGAACCCGCCACGUCCCGGCGCCCCCCCCAGCGGGCCGCGCCCCCCCCCCCCCCCCAGCGGGCCGCGCCCCCUCCCGGUGCACACGCUUUCCUUGCCCCUGGAGUCUUCCCGCGUCCGCCUCAGUCUCCAAAUUACUUGUUUUCUUUAGAUUUUCUCUCUCGUGGCCCCCCCGCCCCCCCACUGUGGCUCCGCCUCCGCGGCCCGAGUCCUUCGGGCUCUUCUCAGGUCAGGGCUUAUCCUCGCAGGAACCGGGAGCAGGUGCGAAGCGGCCGCCCUCCUCGCCUCCGGCCCUCUCCGCCCGCCUGUGUCGUCUGUCCCUCGGGCCCAGAGGGUAUAUAUGACCGUCCGUGUUCCCGAGGCCUCCGCCUGGUGCUUACGUUGAAGUCACGGCGAGAGGCCCCGAGUGCUGCACCGGGUGCCCUUUCGGCUUGAGAAAGUGCUUCAGAGCGUCAGGGUAUCCGAGUCUCGGUUUUCACAGUAGUUGCGUCCUGCGGGGCCCACGUGCCUCCAGCUGGCGGAUGUCGUUCCGCGCACACCUCGCGGACACCUGCUCGUCGGGGACAGGAAGCGUCCAGAACCUCGGUGUCAGGGGCAGAGCCUGCCGGAGGCCUUCCCGGAGGUUCCCUCCCCCUCGCUGCUGUGCUCGCGGUGGCCUUUACUUCCCUCUGCUCCCCGCGGCCGGGCAGUCCACUCACGCAGCUGGGACCAAGGCAGGCCCUGGAGGAGCGGCACCGCGCCCGCACACCCGGAGGCCGGCCCGCAGGGGAGAAUGUGCCCGGAGCUGGCAGGCGACGGGCCUAGAGUCGGUCCGUGGAGCUCUCGCCACAUUUGAAUUAACGGCGAUGGUCUCCAGUCGAGCUCUCGCGGAGCUCCGUUUCCACGCGGCGCCUUUCCUAGAGCACGGCGGGAGACAGCGCAUGCGCCCGGAGGGGCAGCCGCAGCACAGACAGUGCUGCCUCGAUUCAUCGGAACCGCGCUCCUGGGACCCCUGUACUCUCUAAGCUCCACAUUUGAAGGUGGGAGCGGUCACCGUCCCCCUCAGAGAAGACCAGAGGUUCCAACUGUGUGGACACAUCCGGGGCAGUGUGACACUAGUCGUCUCUCCUGCAGAGGGGCCGGGAGGUGGCCACGUCGCUAGCACUGGAGGGCGGACCACAGGAGGAACUGGGGCUCAUGGUGGCCCGGGGUCCGUGGAACAGGACCGGCAGCUCCCGGGGACGAGCCACCGCCCACCAUGGCCUCCAAGCAGGCUGCGGGGCGGAGCCCAGGGGAGAAGCGCAAGAGGGUGGUGCUGACCCUGAAGGAGAAGAUCGACAUCUGCGCGCGCCUGGAGAAGGGGGAGAGCAGGAAGGUGCUGAUGCAGGAGUACAACGUGGGCAUGUCCACCCUGUACGACAUCAGGGCCCACAAGGCGCGGCUGCUGCACUUCUUCGCCAGCUCGGCGUCUGGAGCGGCGGCGGAGCGGCGGCGGACCCUGCACACGCCCAAGCUCGAGCACCUGGACCGCGCCCUGUACCAGUGGUUCCUGGGCAAGCGGGCCGAGGGCGUGCCCGUGUCGGGCCCCAUGCUCAUCGAGAAGGCCAAGGACUUCUACGAGCAGAUGCAGCUGACGGAGCCCUGCGUGUUCUCGGGCGGGUGGCUCUGGCGUUUCAAGGCCCGGCACGGCAUCAAGAAGCCGGACGCGUCCGGCGAGAAACAGGCGGCCGACCGCCGAGCCGCCGAGCAGUUCUGCGGCUUCUUCCGGAGCCUGACGGCCGAGCACGGCCUGUCCCCCGAGCAGGUGUACAACGCCGACGAGACCGGCCUUUUCUGGCGGUGCCUGCCCAGUCCCAGCCUGGAAGGUGGGGCGGUGCCCGGCGUCAGGCAGAGCAAGGACAGGCUGACCGUCCUCAUGUGUGCCAAUGCCACCGGCUCCCACAAGAUCAAGCCCCUGGUGGUCGGCAAGGGCGGUGGUCCCCGGGCUUUCGGGGGCAUCCAGCAGCUGCCCGUCGCCUACAAGGCCCAAGGGAACGCAUGGGUGGACAAGGAGAUUUUUUCCGACUGGUUCCAUCACAUCUUCGUCCCGUCAGUGAAGGAGCACUUCCGGGCGGCCGGUCUGCCCGAGGAUGGCAAAGCCGUUCUGCUGCUGGACAACGCCCGCGCCCGCCCGCGGGAGGCCGAGUUGGCCUCCGGCAACAUCUUCACCGUCUUCCUGCCCGCCAGCGUCACGUCGCUGCUGCAGCCCAUGGACCAGGGCAUCCGGAGGGACUUCAUGAGACACUUCGUUAACCCCCCCGUCCCGCUGCAGGCCUGCCACCCCCGCUACGGCAUGAAUGACGCCGUCUUCAACGUGGCCUGCGCCUGGAGCGCCGUGCCCGGCGACGUCUUCAGCCGGGCCUGGAGGAAGCUGUGGCCGGCGGCCAUGUUCGCCGAGGGCUCGUCCUCUGAGGAGGAGCCGGAGCGCCUCCGAGUGAAGCCUCACGGUCAGACUUUCGCGCACAUUCUGGAGCUGGGGACGGAGGCCCCAGCCCGCCCUGGCAGCCGGCUUCCCCAGGCCGCGGCAGCCGAGCGGGGCAGGCCUGGACACGCGGUCGGAGAAGGCCCGGCCCUGGGCGCAGGGAGCCUGGAGCUCGCCAAGAAGGACGGCGACGAGGCGGCCUGGGAGCAGGCAGCCUCGUCCUUCGACGCCGUGGUCCGCUUCGCCGAGGGGCAGCCCUGCUUCACGGCACAGGAGGUGGGGCAGCUGCGCGCGCUGCGCUCCGUGUUCGCCAGGCAGAGGCAGGUGAGGUGGCGGCGCGGCGCCCUCAGGGCCGUGGUCAAACUCGAGGCCCCGCAGGAGGCCUCCACUCUGCCCUGCUCCUCUGCAGCCACUGAGCACUGACGUCCGCGCGGCCCUCGCCUGCGGCUGGAGCGUGUCUAGGAGGUCGCAGCGGUCGGGGUGUGUGCUCGGCUGCGCGGGGCGGCCCGUCCCCAUCAUCUGCUUCAUCGCGGGCUUGCCGUGUUUUCUGUCCUGGCCCGCGAGUGUGAGCGGCCACUCCGGCUGGGUCGCCCACACCUGAAGCCCACCCCGCGUCCCAUGAAUGGAAGCGGGGGCCCAGCCGGGCAGAGUCGGGGCUCGUGUUCGCCGGCUGAGCCCUGCUGUGUGCGUGGGUGGAGCUGUCUGUCUGUCCAGGACGAGGAAAGCCAGCCUGGGGCUGGCAUUGCCCUGGGCCCACCCUGUCCUCCCCUUGGGGCUGGGUCGAGGCUGCUCCUGGCUUAUAGGUGGCGGUUUUCCCAUCAGCCAUGAACUCAUUUAACCAUGCCAGCCUCUUCUUGGAAGUUCCUCAGUGUUGCCAGGAGGCCUUAGCCCUGGGGUCGGGACUCCAGGACGUGGGGGCCACAUGCGGGGUUGGCAUGGCAGAGCCCCUUCCCCUAAGACAAGCAGGACUGUCCUCCCCCUCCCCCCCCGGACCAUCUGUUGCCCCAGGGGGCCCGUGGCACACCACGGGCGUGUCUAGCAUCCUGGUGCCAAGUCCACUCCGAGGUCCGAUCCUCGUCCGUGGGAGGUCACGCUCACCACCUGCCUGUCCCCGAGUUUCGCCGAGGCGUUCAAAAAUGAGAUUUAGGCCUCCGCUCACCACCCGGCGUAGAAGGAGCUGAUUGGAUUUCCGGCCGCAUCUGAACCCCUGCGUUCGCUGUUCGCGCCUCUGUACCCCGGCAGGGAGGAGCCGGCUGCACGGCUUGGUUGGAAGUUCGCGCCCGCCGUGGCCCACCGCCGGCUCCCCGUGGCCCGGCCUGGCCCAGAGCCAGGACUGCCCGUGGCCCGGGACGGCAGCGCACCCUCCUUGUGCGUGCACGUUGGGGCUGCGACUCUGUUUUCUUCACCACUGCGCCCUCGGGUCGGCCUUGCUGCCCGGCCGCCUGCUGGUUCUCGUUCCCACAUCUGCUGGGGCGCCCACCAGCAGCGAGGGACACGGUGUGGGGUUCGCAGGCCGCUCGUGUGCUGCGUGCGCGUCUUCCCACGUGCAAGCGAGGCAGCUGCCUGUGGACCAGCGCGCUUCCUGCUCUACACGCGGGCGGAGACCGCGACCCAGCCAGGCUGUUCUCGGAGCGCCCUGAUCUCCGGCCCGGUGGCCUCAGGGCUGUGCUGCCUCCACGCCCUUUCCUUCCCGGGCCGGGAGUGACACCUUUGCAGCCCUGCUGUUGGCUGCCACGGCAGACCGCGUCGUCGAAGGACAGUUGCUUGCGGUGAGGUGUCGGGAGUCCCUGCAGCACCUGCCCUCGCCUCGGUGGCCGUGGUGGCAGCCCGGAAAGGUGGCCGGAUGCCGAGGAGCUCUCCCCCGCAGCCCGGCGUGCUUCUUGAACAGGACUUUGCCGGCGGGUGCAGCUGGAGGGGCAGGACAUGGAGGGGGGGGCGCCUGGAUCCCCUGCGGAGGCUCUGUUCCAUCAGCUUGUGGAUUCGUGCCCCCAUCCUGGCUGUUUUGCGGUCACCCAAUAAACGCUUGUCACCGA